GUGAGAACGCUCCCUGGGGGUGAGAAAAUGGACAGGAAGGGAAGGUUGAAGCUGGAAGGAAAGCCGGGGAACUGUGGAGACCAGCAUGAAGGGAUGCUGGCACUGUCCAUAGCCUCAGCCCCAUGUCCUUUCAGGUAGAGACCCCAGUCUGCUGUCUGCCACAUGACCUGGUGCAUGGGCCAGAUAUGGAGUCCUGUUGGGUCUCUUGGGGGCUCGUCUUGUUGCUGAUGGCUCCCUACCUGGAUUGGACACACGGAUCAGCACCCCAGCAGGAAUGGACAUACAUGGUACCACAGCACUGUAACUGGCUGUGCUUCAGAUCUGGGGAAAGUGGCUGCCUUUCAAGGACCCCGAACUGCUCCACUUGCCACCACACAGCUGGAGAAUGGAACUGGUUUGAAGCAUAUUAUGAGAAGACCAUGGGGUAUUUGAGGAGGACAAAAGGCCUCUGGUGGCUGGGCAUGAACUCAGUAAGCAAGCUUGAAAAAACGUGGAAGGAGCUAUCAGAAGUGAUCCCCAGGCCCCUCCUGUACCAUUUUGACUUUCCCUGUGUGCCCUGUGCCAUGCUGGGGAACUCUGGCCUCAGCAAUACCAACCAAUUCUACAUGGCUUUCAGGAUGAGUCAGGACACCACCCACGGAUCUGAGGCAGUUUUGAGGAGCCAAACCACAGGACCCUUAAUCUGUCCCAAGAAUGCCAGUCACCAGGGCUCUUGGAGGCAGCAGUGGCUCCUGGAGCUUGUGGAGAUGGCGCCCCGAGUGACAAGAUUUUGGGAGACAGUCUGAUUUCCCUAGAGGCACGAGCUAGUUAAGAUGAGGCCACCCUUUCUGGAUUUGGACCAGAACAGCAGAGUAUAUGGUCCCAUUACGAUAAUCAGACCAGAGCCCCCAGGACCUGUCUGCAUGGACUAGAGAAGCACAAACGGAAGACGCUUGUCAGCUGGGAUGGCCAGACAAGGCUGCCAUUUACAAGUGACAGGCAGAUGAGGCAUGAAUGCUGCAGAGUUUUAGGAUCAUAACAGCCACAUAACUGUGAAGACAUUCAUGGGUGAAGAUCAAAAGAAAAUGGUAUGAGAUCAGUCUGGAACUGAAUAAAAUCUUGGUCUGGUUC